UGCGCCUAAACUUGAACUUUAUGGAAGCGCGCAGCUAGCUGUUUGGGGGUCAGUCCAACAAAAAAGUGCAGACGUUGUCGUAAACGCAGCAUAAAAUGCGCCGGAGCCAAACGAUUGGCAAACAGAAGUCAACGACGAGUCGAGACAACAGAUCGAGAUGGCAUGCAACAAGUGUUUGAGGGCGUCCCUGGUGGUGCUGGUGCUGCUGGCGGCCGUGGCCUGGGAGCAGCUGGUGGCGGCCAGCAAGAUAGCCUACAAGAAGCCGCUCCACGGCAAGCUGAGCUACGUGAAGGAGCAGCGCUUUAGGCAGCGCACGACCAACAGUCCCGCCACAAGCAGCACAGGCGCGGCGCCUGUGGAGUUUAUCAUCAAUAGCACGCCCAGAGCAACUACCACGGAGAGCUUAGUCAAGCUGGAGACGCAGACGGAGACGGUGACGGAGCCGGAGACGGAGAGCAGCGGCAAUGGGAUGCUAAGCAGUACGACGCCCAGCAGCAAUACGGAGCUGGAGCCGGAGCCGGAGCUAGAGGCGGGCAGCAGCACGCCGGCUAGCCCGGACAACACGUUGCCAUUGCCGCCAACGCCUGGCGAUCACUUAAAUCAGCCGGUGCCCUGCACCUGCGGCGUCUUCCUCUCCUCGCAGAUACAAAACGGUUUGCCCGAGACGCCGCUCAUUCACAAUGAAAUGGACCGCAUGUAUCCGUGCAAUGCCAUCGGACGCAAGCAGUGCCAGACCAAGUGCCUCGAGGCGAUUGUGCAGCAUUUGCCGAACUCGGCGAACAUUGUGUGCGCCACGCUGGGACACAAUUGCCACAAGGAGCGUGCCUACUUGUUCAUCAAGAACUGCCACAAUCAGUGGGUGAAUACGAAUCUGCAGGCGGGUCGUGAAUAUUGCUGCAAGGCGGGUUUGCCUUAUCGUUGUCCAUUGUUGGGCUGAGCUUAAAAUGAAUUUAGCAAAAUUUUCCACGCGUGACUACAAUAAAGGCUUAAAUAUUGACAUAAAA